AUGAAUAAAUUACUAUAUUAAUUUUAGACUAUUGGAUUUGCAUGUGAUAAAGAAUACCAUAAGGGAAUGAAAGAAGUUAAAAGACGAUUUGAAGAAAUUAAUCAAUUUAAAAGAAAGGCAUUAAAGGAUUUCAAUAAUGUUGAUAAUGUAAUAAAUUCCAUUAGUGAUAUCAUUGAAAAAAGGAAAAGAGAACCUCUCAGUAAAUCUAUUGAUUGCUCUUCUUUUUCAAAUAAUAAAUAAUAAAGAUUAUAAUCAUGUCUCAAUAAAAUGGGUUAAAUAGAUUAUGAUUAAUAACAACUAGAUAAGGAAUCUGGAAUUAGAACUGCUAGUAUUUUUUCUGAUAGAAUUGCUGCCAUACUACCAUAAAAGGAAUUAGUAGAUAAAGAAUUGAACUAAGAAUUAGCUAUUAAUUGUCAUUUACAUGAUACUUCUAAAUUCGGAUAAAUUAUGGAAUAAGCUUUACUUUUACAUUCAUUUCAUAAAGAUUGUAGUGAAAAGCUUAAUUAAAAUUUAAGUUUAUUAGAUCCAAAUAAUUUUAAAACUAGAAGGGAAAGGGCUAAGUUUUAAUAAAGGAAUGAAAUGAAUUAAAAGAGUGUGUAAGCUUAAGAAUAUUAUAUGAAAAAAUUUCAAUUAGAACAUAUGAGAUUAAAAGAUAAAUUAAUUGAUUCAGAUUAAAAAACUCUUAUUGAUCAUAAAUAUUGUUAAGAUAGAAAUAAGGGAUUAAAGAGUGCCAAAAAUAGGAAAAGAAUUUAAUAAGUAACAGAAAAAAUUAAUACAAAUAAAAUACUUGUUAUCUAAAAUUUAUUUAAAUCAGGACAUGAUUAAAAAUCUCAAAAAGCAGAUGAAGUACUUAGGUUUUUAGAAUUAUAUUCAAAAGUUGAUAGAGAAAAUAAUUAAAUAUUUAGUUAAAUUAUCAACAUAAAUGGUUAAUUUUCAAUGAAAAUUGAAUCAUAUUUAAGAAAGAUAUUCUUUAAAUUCUCUAAAAAAGAAUGUGAUGAUUUAAAUGAACUUUACAAGUAUAUUAAUUUAUAAGGUUAUCUUGAAUGUUUUCAUUUAUCCCAUUUAGACAUUGAAGAUAAGGAAUUAAUUACUGUUUAUUAGAAUAAUGUUAAAAUAUAGAAUUUAGAUUAAGAUCGAGGAUUGAAUUUUAAUUUUUUCAGAGAUUCUCUUAUUGAUAUUGCAAAUUGUAUUUCUUUGUUACCAAAUAAAGAAGAAAAAUUACUUAGGUAAUUAAUUAAUUAUAAAAGUAGAUUAGUAGAAGAAUAUCUAUUAGAAAUUUAUGAUUAAGUACUUGAUUUAAAUGAAAUUAGAAUACUUACAAUUAAAUCAUAUUAAGAAUUUAAUAAUUUAUUUUUUCCACUCAUACAAAAAUUAUUUCUAUUGUAUGGUUAAUAAAUAAAAAAUUACAAUUUCAAUGAUUAAAGACUUAAUUUAGACAAGAUUAUAUUAGUGUUAAUGUAAAUUAAAGUGUUUCCACAAAAAUUUAGUAAAUAAUUUAUAAGACAUCAUUAUUGUUAUAGUGCUGAAUAAGAUGAAGGGUUAGAUCUGAGUCAAUUUUAACAUUUCCUUAAUUUAAUGGCUUUGAGUCAAAACAAACGUAUUUCUAUAAGUAGAGAACUCAAUAAUAUCAUUCAAUAUAAUUUAUAUAAAUUAUAAUCAAAAUUUGAAGAUAUAACUGAAUACGAAUAAAAGAUAUUUAGGAAAAUAAUGAUAUUUUAUUUUCAUAGUGAAUUCUUAAAUUUAUAAAAUGUUGAAUAAGAUUGA